AUGGGUGACUACAGGGCCAACCACUGUCACGAGACGUCCCACUGUAUCCCGUGCUGGGUGAGGUACGCCAGCUGUCUGGACCGCGUGGACGGUCUCAACCCAUGGCCGGACCUGGAGUGGAAGCCGUUCUUCGUCGAGUGCUACCGAGAGAGGACCGUCUUCCAGGGAGUCUGCGACAAGAGCGCCGUCUUCUCGCCGCUCACGAGAGCUUGCGAGACUCCGUACAGUAUCCCCAGACAAAAUGGCGGCUGGAGACCCAGCUGCGAGGAACGCCGGGACGGCGUGUAUCCGGACGAAUACGGCCGAUGCGAUAUCUACUACGUGUGUAAAGGGGAGAUAUUCACUGGUUUUUUUCGGUGCGAGAGGCCAGAGAUUUUCAACCCAAUCUCCGGAGAAUGCGACAACCCUGAGAAGGUCCCUUACCCUUGUGGUGAUUUGGAACUGCCAAACGUCUGCCAGGAGAAAAACGACGGCUAUUACUUGGAUAUUUUCGGUAGGUGCACCCACUACAUGGAAUGCAAGUCCGGGGAACUUGCCGGCGUGUCCAUGUGUCCCAGCGGGGUUUUCAACCCCGAAAGCAGGAGAUGCGAUCUGUCCCAGAACGUCAUCAAACCGUGUGGGAACCUGUCGAAUCCCUGCGUCUUCAAAGACGAUGGAUUCUUCGCCAACAGGGAGAAAGACUGUAUAGAAUACUUCCAGUGCGAGCGAGGGUUCAUGGUGGCCAAGUUCAAGUGCCCGGAAAACACCGUUUAUAAUGACGUCACCAACAAGUGCGAUGACGUCAGUAAUACGCCCCCACCUUGUGGUAUCGCACCAGAGUGUGAGGACAAAGAGGACGGGUUUUAUCCGGCCCUGAACAAAGGAAUGCAGUUUUAUUACGAGUGUAAAAAUAACACUUUUGUUAUGUAUAAGCAAUGCGAGGAGGAUCAUGGAGGAUUGGUUUUUAGUCCCACGCAGCGAAACUGUGACUUCCCAAAGCAGCUUUGUUUGGACCUCCAUCUUGGACCAGAAAUAUGUUAAAGAUCAGCGACAGCUGUGGACACAGAAGUAGGGUGACGAGAACCGCAGAUACACGAUAAUUAAUUAUUCCUGGUUAUUCCUGACCGUAAACCCGUACUACUGGUAGAGUACACGACACCACGGUCUGCACUAGAGAACGACUGGAAUUACACUACAUGCUUACCUGUUGAUUAUGACGGGAUUGAUACACAAGAUACAUCAUAAACUUUGAUUCAUACAAUUGUACAUUAUAUUGUUGCGAAAGUUGUUAAAAUGGCAGCUGACCAAGUCAACUCCACAAAACCCGUUUGCCCCUCUUCGUCCACGCGGUAAGUAUGGGCACACAGUAGUCGUUACAUUUUCAAGCUUGAUUAAGGGUUUGUCCAACAAAAUUUAGAACGAAAGUUGUGUUAAAUCGUUGUGUCGUAAGGUGUAGCUUUCCCGGUCUCAUGGGCGUACAUAGGAUUUUGAAAAGGGG